UCUCUCUCACUCAGACACAGACACACAGCUAAGCUUCCCAUCUGAAAGGAGUUUCAUGUCCUUAAGGACCAUAACCUCUCUCUCUCUCUCUAAAGAAGCAACAAAAAAACAGAGUCUAGAGAGAGAAACUAUGGCUCACAUAAAGAUCUAACAGAGACAGUAGUCCCACUUCCCCACCACAACCAUCUUCGAUCAUCAUCAUCAUCAUCAUCAAUGGAUCCGGAUCCAGAUCAUCACAGACCCAACUUCCCUCUCCAGCUUCUUGAUUCUUCUUCCUCCUCUUCCACUUCCUUAGCCAUCAUCCCAACAGCUUCCUCUUCCGAACCUAACUCCGACCCUAACGCUCUCUCCAAGAAACCACCUCCGAAGCGAACCUCAACAAAAGACCGACACACCAAAGUCGAAGGCCGAGGCCGUAGGAUCCGUAUGCCUGCCAUGUGCGCCGCACGUGUCUUUCAGCUCACACGUGAGCUCGGUCACAAAUCCGACGGCGAAACCAUCGAGUGGCUUCUCCAGCAAGCUGAACCGGCGGUUAUAGCCGCUACAGGGACUGGAACCAUUCCGGCUAACUUCACUUCUCUUAAUAUCUCACUUCGUAGCUCAAGAUCUUCUCUCUCUGCUGCUCAUCUUCGUACAACUCCGAGCAGCUAUUACUUUCAUUCACCUUCCAUGUCUCAUCAUCAUCAUCAUCAUCAGCAGCAGCAGCAACAUCAAGUUCGUCCCAAGAACGAGUCGCAUUCUUCUCCUUCUUCUCAGCUUUUAGAUCACAACCAAAUGGGGAACUAUCUUGUACAAUCAACGGCUGGAUCUUUGCCUACAAGCCAGACUCCUGCUACGGCGCCGUUUUGGAGCAGUGGUGGUGAUAGUAAUACGCAGAAUCUUUGGGCUUUUAAUAUAAACCCUCAUCAUUCCGGUGAUGUUUACAACCCGAGCGGCGGUGGUGGUGGUGGUGGCGGCGGAGUAGGAGGAGGAGGAGGAGCAGGAGCAGGAGUACAUCUGAUGAAUUUUGCAGCUCCGAUUGCUUUGUUUUCCGGACAGCCUUUGGCGUCUGGUUACGGAGGAGGAGGAGGAGGAGGAGAACAUAACCAUUAUGGAGUUUUAGCGGCGUUAAAUGCUGCGUACCGGCCGGUUCAGGAGACGGGGAAUAACCAGCAAAACCGUGACGGGGAUCAUCAUCACAACCAUCAAGAAGAUGGAAGCACGAGUCAUCAUUCCUAGGCAAAAAACACACACAAACAAUAUAUCUGUGAGAUUUAUUUCUUUUUUUUUUUCUUUUUUGGUCCUUUCGUUUGUUUGAUUGUUUUUUUAAACAAGCGUGUUUUGUUUUUAUUUUUUUGCAUCUUUCAUAUAUUUUUUCUUUCUUUCUAAAUUCUAAUAUUUCACGAGUUCUGAUCCGGUUUCAAUUCUUCUUUUGAUUAAUGUAUUAAGUAAGUAAGAAAGUGAUUAUUCGAUAUAUCUUAGUAUGUGGUUUUUGCAACUAAGCUUUGGUUUUGUUUUCUUCUAAGUAGUAUCUGUCUUGUGAAAUGUUUUCUCUAUAUACCUUUGAGUGUGAGAGUUUUAUAAUGAGACACACUACUUGAUUAGGGUUUUUGAACAAUAUUAUUUGAUAUGUAUAAUCAAUAAUACAUUUCUCAUG